GUGCGCGGGAUGGAACCCCGAGACACCGACGGAAUGCUCCGAAUUGCCACAUAAUCCCCUGGAACGGCAGCCCCGAACGCCAUUGGCUUCUCCUUCCCAGUUCCUCCUCCUCCUCCGCCGCCGCCGCCCUCUCCCACCUUCGCUUCACCUCCUCCCGCUCCCUUCUCCUCGCUCCGGAGCUGGGGGGGGAGACGCACAGCUCCACUGCAAUGGAGCCCGCCGCCGCGGCCACGGUGCAGCGACUCCCAGAGACCAGCAGGGAGGAUCGGGCUCCGGCUCCGGCUCCGGCUCUGGCUCCGGCUCCGGCGGCGGCGGCAGCUCUGGCGGGGACGGCGGGGGGCGGCGGCCGGAGCCCAGGGAGCCCCCUGCCCUCGGGGACCCCGAACGUGCAGUUCCUGUCCGGCAGCGGGGCCGGGGAGGAGGCCCCCGCCGGGGCGCUGCCGGGCAAAGCCGGGGGCACCGUGCGGAGGAGGAGGAGAGGGGCGCCCCUGCUCGCGGCCAACGGGGCUCCCCCGGCGCCCGGGGCGGGCAGCGGCGCGAACUCCCUGCUCCUGCGAAGGGGGCGGCUGAAGAGGAAUCUGUCCGCCGCCGCCACCUCCUCCUCCUCCUCCUCCUCCUCCUCCUCCUCUUCCUCCUCCUCUUCUUCCUCGGCCGCCGCCGCCUCCCACUCCUCCAGCGCUGCCAGCCUGGCCGCCUCUUGCUCGGCCUCGGCGUCGCUGUGCACCCGGAGCCUGGACAGGAAGACGCUGCUGCUGAAGCAUAGACAGAUGAUGCAGCUGCAGCCGUCCGACCGGGACUGGGUGAGGCACCAGCUGCAGCGGGGCUGCGUGCACGUCUUCGACCGCCACAUGGCCUCGACUUACCUGCGCCCAGUGCUCUGCACGCUGGACACCACGGCCGGCGAGGUGGCGGCCCGCCUGCUGCAGCUGGGGCACAAAGGCGGCGGAGGCGGCGUGGUGAUGAAGGUUCUGGGCAGGGGGCCCUCGCCGCCGGCCCAGCCCCAGCCGCACUGGCGGGGACCUGCUGCGGACGCCCCGACGGCCGGCCACGGUGGCGUCCCCUCCGGCGGUUGCGGCGGGCAGGUGGCCCGGGGCCCCGAAGGCCCCGGCUCCCGUCCCGGAUUGACAGCGCCCGACGAUGAGCCCGGGGUGCAGCACGCGAGGAAGAACGGGCUUGGGGAGCCAGCCGAGCCCGCCGUCGGGGGGAAGCCGCGCACGCCCCCGGGGGAUCUGCCUCUCCGGAGCGACGGGGCGGGGAGAUUUGUGGGGUGCCUGACCCACGGCAGCCCAGCGCCUUCGGACUUCAGCCCCGGGGUUCUGUACGCAGGGGUUCCCGGCUCCCUGCUGGGUGACCUGCGGCCGGUGGACGGCGUGGUGGGAGGCCCGGCCUCGGACACCGAGAGUUUCAGCCUGAGCCCCAGCGCCGAGAGCGUGUCCGACCGACUGGACCCCUAUAGCAGCGGCGGCGGCGGCGGCAGCUCCUCCUCCGAGGAGCUGGAGGCCGAUUCCACCCCUACCUCUACCCCUGCCACUGCCCCUGCCCCGGCGCCGACGGAGGGGUCGGGCCUCGCCCAUCACCCGGACGGCUCAGCUCCGUCUCGGGCGGUGGGGCCAGUGGCAGAGAAGCCCAGCGAUUUCCCACCACUCCAUCCUUCACUUGCUGCCCCAGCACAGUCACCACCGAAAGCCCAGAAGGGGGUGGACAGCCGGGGUGGGGUCGCCCAGGACGGGCCUCUGGAGAAGACGACUGCAGGAGGAAUUAGUGGGGAGCUCAAGUCAUUGCCUCCUGGGUACGGAGGAGCUGCGGACAAGACAGCCCCUAUGCCAGCCCUGUACGUGCAGUUUCACGGGGAGACCACCCGUCGGCUGGAGGCACACGAGAAGCCACUGCAGAUCCAAAAUGACUACCUCUUCCAACUGGGAUUUAGGGAGCUAUGGAGGGUGCAGGAGGAGGGCAUGGAUUCGGAGAUCGGGUGCCUCAUCCGCUUCUAUGCAGGAAAGCCCCAUAGCACUGGUAGCUCUGAGCGGAUUCAGCUCUCAGGAAUGUACAAUGUGCGAAAAGGGAAAAUGCAGUUACCAGUGAACCGAUGGACAAGACGCCAAGUUAUCCUGUGUGGAACGUGCCUGAUUGUGUCCUCUGUGAAAGACAGCUUGACCGGAAAGAUGCACGUCCUUCCACUAAUUGGUGGAAAAGUUGAAGAAGUAAAGAAGCACCAGCACUGUUUAGCCUUCAGUUCCUCUGGACCUCAAAGCCAGACCUAUUACAUUUGUUUUGAUACUUUCACCGAGUACUUAAGGUGGCUUCGACAAGUAUCCAAGGUUGCCUCACAGCGUAUCAGCUCAGUGGACCUUUCGUGCUGUAGCCUCGAACAUCUGCCUGCCAACCUCUUCUACAGCCAAGACCUCACUCAUCUCAAUUUAAAGCAAAACUUCCUAAGGCAGAAUCCCAGCUCUCCAGCUAGCAGAGGACUUGGUGAACUUAGAAGGUUUACCAAGUUGAAGAGCCUUAAUCUUUCCAGUAACCAUCUCGGAGAUUUCCCUCUGGCAGUAUGCAAUAUCCCAACCUUGACUGAGCUGAACGUGUCCUGCAAUGCCCUCAGAACUGUUCCAGCAGCAGCAGGAGAUAUGCACAACUUACAGACGUUUUUGUUGGAUGGUAACUAUCUUCAGUCUCUUCCUGCUGAGUUGGAGAAUAUGCAGCAGCUCAGUUACCUAGGACUGUCCUUCAAUGAAUUCACAGACAUUCCAAAGGUUUUGGAGAAACUGACUGCUGUAGAUAAACUUUGUAUGUCUGGAAAUUGUAUGGAGACCCUCAACCUGCAGGCUUUAAGAAGAAUGCCACACAUUAAGCACGUGGAUUUAAGAUUGAAUGUAAUUAGGAAGCUGAUGGUGCAGGAGGUGGACUUCCUUCCACAUGUGACUCAGCUAGACUUACGAGAUAAUAAGCUCGGUGAUCUGGAUGCAACGGUUUUCAACAAUCUUGAAGUUCUGCACUGUGAAAGGAACCAGUUGGUGACACUCAAUGUUUGUGGCUAUUUGCUCAAAGCACUCUAUGCCUCUUCAAACGAACUUGUGCAACUCGAUGUUUACCCAGUUCCGAAUCAUCUGACCUUCAUGGAUGUUUCUAGGAACCACCUGGAAAGCAUGCCUGAGUGGGUUUGUGAGAGCCGCAAGCUAGAAGUGUUGGACAUUGGUCAUAACCAGAUCCGUGAGCUCCCUGCGAGCUUGUUUUGUAAUAGUAGUCUUCGUAAACUGCUGUUAGGGCAUAACCAGCUAACCAGGCUACCAGAAAGACUGGAGAGAACCCAGGUGGAAGUUCUAGAUGUUCAGCACAACCAGCUUGUGGAGCUACCACCCAAUCUGCUGAUGAAGGCUGACAGCUUGAGGUUCCUAAAUGCAUCUGCCAACAAGCUGGAAACCAUUCCUCCAGCCACGCUUUCUGAAGAGACAAGCAGCAUCUUGCAGGAGCUGUACUUGACCAACAACCACCUCACUGACAAAUGUGUGCCCUUGUUAAUAGGACACCCUCACUUGAAGAUUCUACAUAUGGCCUAUAAUCGGCUGCAGAGUUUUCCAGCAAGUAAAAUGGCCAAAUUGGAGGAGCUGGAGGAAAUCGAUAUCAGUGGGAACAAAUUGAAAGCCAUUCCAACCACUAUCAUGAACUGCAGGCGGAUGCACACAGUGAUCGCCCACUCUAACUGUAUCGAAGUCUUCCCUGAAGUCAUGCAGCUAACAGAAAUCAAGUGUGUGGACCUGAGCUGUAAUGAGCUAAGUGAAGUCACAUUACCUGAAAACCUGCCUUCAAAGCUACAAGAACUAGACUUGACUGGAAACCCUCGGCUCGCCCUGGAUCACAAAACCCUGGAGCUGUUGAAUAAUAUCCGAUGUUUUAAGAUUGACCAGCCUUCAGCCGGUGAUGCUUCAGGGGCCCCAGCUGUAUGGAGCCAUGGCUACACAGAAGCCUCGGGUGUAAAGAAUAAGUUGUGUGUUGCAGCCCUGUCAGCGAAUAAUUUCUGUGACAACCGAGAGGCUCUAUAUGGAGUCUUUGAUGGAGACCGCAAUGUAGAAGUGCCGUAUCUUCUUCAGUGCACCAUGAGUGACAUUCUGGCGGAGGAACUACAGAAAACAAAAAAUGAAGAGGAGUAUAUGGUCAACACUUUCAUUGUCAUGCAAAGGAAACUUGGAACUGCUGGGCAAAAACUUGGGGGCUCUGCUGUCCUGUGUCAUAUAAAGCAUGAUCCUAUGGACCCCGGAGGAUAUUUCACCUUGACCUCUGCUAAUGUGGGAAAGUGCCAAACAGUUCUCUGCCGGAAUGGGAAACCUCUGCCUCUGUCGAAAUCCUACAUCAUGAGCUGUGAAGAGGAGUUGAAGAGAAUCAAGCAGCAUAAAGCCAUUAUCACUGAGGAUGGCAAGGUGAAUGGAGUAACUGAAUCCACGCGGAUUUUGGGCUACACCUUUCUCCACCCAAGUGUUGUUCCCCGUCCCCAUGUGCAGUCAGUGACAUUGACACCACAGGAUGAGUUCUUCAUCUUGGGCAGCAAGGGGCUGUGGGAUAGCCUGUCCAUCGACGAGGCAGUCCAGGCUGUGCGGAACGUGCCUGAUGCCUUAGCUGCAGCCAAGAAGCUGUGCACUCUGGCCCAGAGUUACGGCUGUAACGACAGCAUCAGUGCCGUAGUGGUGCAGCUCAACGUCACUGAGGACAGCUUCUGCUGCUGCGAGCUCGGCGGAAGCGGGGUCCCCCCUCCAAGCCCAGGUAUCUUUCCUCCCUCAGUCAAUGUGGUGAUCAAAGACCGGCCUUCUGACGGGCUCGGGGUGCCCUCCUCCAGCAGCGGCAUGGCCUCUGAAAUCAGCAGUGAGAUCUCCACCUCAGAGAUGAGCAGUGAGGUGGGAUCCACAGCCUCAGAUGAGCCCCCCCCAGGAGUGCUGAGCGAGAGCAGUCCUGCCUACCCCAGCGAGCAGCGCUGCAUGCUCCAUCCUGUCUGUCUGUCCAGCUCCUUCCAGCGACAGCUCUCCAGCGCCACCUUCUCCAGUGCCUUCUCUGACAACGGCCUCGACAGCGACGACGAAGAGCCCAUUGAGGGUGUCUUCACCAAUGGCAGCAGGGUGGAGGUGGAGGUGGACAUUCACUGCGGCCAAGCCAAGGAGAAGGAGAAGCAGCAGCAGCAGCAGCAGCAGCAGCUGCUUCAAGCGCCGGCAGAGGCCAGUGAUGAGGGCAUAGUUAUCAGCGCCAACGAGGAUGAGGCGGGUCUGCCCAGGAAGGCCGACUUCUCUGCCACCGGAACCAUAGGGCGCAGGCGGGGUAAUGGCUCUGUGGCACCCCAGGAGAGGAGCCACAACAUGAUAGAGGUGGCUGCUGAGGCGCCCCUCCGAAAAACAGGGGGCUACUUUGCAGCCCCAGCUCAGCCCGACCCUGACGAUCAGUUUAUCAUCCCACCUGAGCUGGAAGAGGAAGUCAAAGAAAUCAUGAAACACCACCAGGAGCAGCAGCAGCAGCAGCAGCAGCAGCAGCAGAGGCAGUAUCAGAUGGACCACCUGCCGGACUAUUAUGAUACACCACUAUGACCCAGUGCAAGUACUGUUUAAAAAAUAAUAAUAAACUAACCAGAAAAGACUGAGUCGAAAGAGUCUCCCAGGCUCACAUUAAACCAGGGGUUUUACUCCACUUUGUCCUCCCUUCCGCUCUCCCUAACUCCGUCAUUUGCCUUUGCAGCUAAUCUGUAGGUCCUCUCCUCUGUUUGUUAUUUUUUAAUAAUUACCAUGUUUCUUCUAGUGAUGCUUUACCAAUAUGAUUUUAACUGGUUAACCCUUCCCCUUCCCCUUUCCUCCUCCCCUAACAUAUCAGAAGUGUAAAGACAAAGAACAAAAGGUUUAAUAUAUUGCAGAGAAACAGAUAAUGGUGAUGUAAUAUUUUUUAAAAAUGGCUUUUUUUUUUUGUUGUUUGUUUGUUUGGAAGACAGGGCAGGUUGCCAGUUCUCAAUGAUUCAGUAAUAUUGUAAUACUGUAUUUCUUUGGGGGGGGGGAAGGCUUUUUUUUUUUUUUUUUGGUCUUGAAAAUGAUAGACAUUUGUAGAAUAUGGAGACUAACUCCUAGGAGUUGCUUUACUCUGUCAGGUGACUGAAGUCACUGAGAUUCACUAAUUUUCUCUGAGAGAACAGUUGAUUGGGAAAUUAUUACUGUAAAUAGCUCAGUGUUGUAUAGUGAUGCUUAAAAUGUUUUGUAGUCUCAGCAUAAGGACACAGCCUGAAUAACUGACUUUGUGUUCUCCUCCUCCCACCUCCCCACCAAGUCCCACCUUAUUUAUACCUGGCCCUCUAGGGACUUUGGUUCACGCUCAUUUUGUGGUGAGCCUAAGUGGCCAGACCAGCUAUUUACAAAUAAGGUGGUUCUUAGGCCACUGCAUAACAACCUGCAUCCAGUGGGCCUCUGAUUUUUCCCCUUCUCCUCUUCCUUCCCUCAAAUACCUACUUUUCCAGACAUUUUUUAUUUGUGUUCCUUAUUGCUGCCACAACCAGCAUGAUUGUAUAGAACUCAUUUAGAUCAUUUACAUACCAAGAGUUAUAUUAAAGCAGAAUGCACAAAUGAA